AUGGAUCGCUUCAUCUCGAGAAAGCGGCCUCGGCUGAGUCCGUUGGCUACGCAGCAGACGCUGCCCCCUGAUGAGGAUUCCACUGAUAUGAAGUUGGCGAUGCUCCUAUCACUCUUUCCAGACAUAGAACAAGAUGCUUUACUGGACAUUCUCAUUUCAAGUGGCGGGUCGGUUGAAGACGCGUCUGCCGUGAUCACUGCUCAACGCGCAUAUAGACCAGUCAAAAAGAGAACAGGUGGUGUAUCAGCGAUCCAGACGUCUAUGACCUCACAUAUCACAACCGAGGCAGGAUUGCCACCGAAAAGGCAACUCACCCGGAAAGGAAAGACGUUACAUCUUUUCUCUCCUGAAGACGUUGCUGCUCAUACUCCGUGUACCAUCAUCCACAACUUCUUGGCCCCAGAUGAAGCAGAUGCGCUGCUACUGGAACUUCUGGAUGAGUCGAAGCACUUUUCAAGGUACAGGUUUCAGCUGUUUGAUCGUACAGUUGAAAGCCCGCACACGAGCAGCUUGUAUGUUGCUACUCCUGAGGAAAUUCGCCAACAAACAUUGGAAUACACCUAUGGAGGCAGAUACCGUUCGAAUGUGCGCCAGCUUACGCCGUACUUGCGCGCCGUAUCUGUCAAAGUUCAGCGCGCAGUGAACGACGAGGUCCAGAAGCGUAUACAAACGUUCUACCCAGAUGGGAAAAAGCUCAAGUAUCAGUCGCCUAAGGAAUGGGUGCCUAACGCCGCAUUCGUCAACUGCUAUGAUGGUCCAGCAGAAAGUGUCGGCUAUCACUCAGAUGAGCUGACUUACCUUGGCCCGCGAGCUAUUAUUGGGAGCCUGAGCUUAGGCGUGGAAAGAGAGUUCCGGGUGCGACGCAUUGUGGCGAGCGAUGACGAUGUAGAGAACGAUAGUGAGGUGUCAGCCAUGGGGUCGACGGCGGAUUCUCCGCCCAGAGGGAAAACCACAUCGAAAGGGAUCGAUGGUCGCGCUGAUGCACAGGGUCAAAUCUCCAUACACCUUCCACACAAUUCUCUCCUUGUGAUGCAUGCCGAGAUGCAGGAAGAAUGGAAACAUGCUAUUGUACCCGCGCAGACUGUUUCACCACAUCCCUUGUCAGGUAACCGGCGUAUCAAUAUCACCUAUCGAUGGUAUCGGGAUUCUCUCCACCCGCGUAACAUUCCGCGGUGCCGUUGUGGCACACACGCAAUUCUGCGAUGUGUGCAACGCAAACGUGAGAACAAGGGUAGAUAUAUGUGGAUGUGCUAUGCGGGAUAUGAACCAGGGAAGAAAGGUUGCACUUUUUUCCAGUGGGCCGAAUUUGAUGACGAUGGUGAACCUCUCUGGGAAAUUAAGCCCACGGAAGGCGGAGCUCCCACGUUGCGCAACUUCACCGAAGACGACAAACAAUGA